AUAAACUUCAAAGAGCUGAACUCGGGAGAACUGUUUUGUCAGCUUGUCGUGCGUGUGGUGAGCCAUCCGGCAGUGGUGGAUCAGGCAUUCCGCUUUUUCCAGCCCGAGCUAUCCUUCUUGAAACGGCUACUUCGAGUCCCCAUUACUGGCUCGGCGGUUGAUUCUUUUUCUGCUAUUCUGCCGCAAGGACCCCCAGCCUCGUCGGCGAUCCGACAGGUCUGGACAAGGGCUUCAGACCCGCAGGUCCUGACUGAGUCCAGCAGCAGUUUAACUGGAGAACCGGUUGACCUUCUGGUCAAAGUCGGGCUGGGACCGGCCCCGCAG